AUGGAGGACGAUUCGCCCAAAACACUGUAUGUGGGAAACCUGUCCCGGGACGUUACGGAGCCCCUGAUUGUCCAGGUCUUCACGCAGAUUGGGCCCUGUAAAAGCUGUAAAAUGAUCAUAGACCCCACAGGGAAUGACCCUUACUGCUUUGUGGAGUUCUAUGAAAACAGACACGCUGCCGCCGCUUUGGCAGCAAUGAACGGAAGGAAAAUUUUGGGUAAGGAGGUUAAAGUAAACUGGGCCACAACACCAACAACUCAGAAAAAAGACACAAGCAAUCACUUCCAUGUCUUUGUGGGAGACUUGAGCCCAGAAAUAACUACAGAAGAUGUCAAAGCUGCCUUUGCACCGUUCGGUAGGAUAUCGGAUGCUCGGGUUGUGAAGGAUAUGGCGACAGGGAAAUCUAAAGGCUACGGUUUUGUGUCAUUCUUCAACAAAUGGGAGGCUGAGAACGCCAUCCAGCACAUGAAUGGACAGUGGUUAGGUGGCAGGCCGAUCCGGACAAACUGGGCCACGAGAAAGCCCCCUGCCCCCAAAAGCAGCCAUGAGAAUAACACAAAGCACCUAAACUUCGAGGAGGUGAUGUCCCAGUCCAGCCCCAGUAACUGCACUGUGUACUGUGGCGGCGUCAGCUCCGGACUCACAGAUCAACUGAUGAGACAGACCUUCUCCCUCUUCGGACAGAUCAUGGAGAUCCGAGUGUUUCCAGACAAAGGCUAUUCAUUUGUUAGGUUUAACUCUCACGAGUCUGCGGCACACGCCAUUGUGGCAGUGAAUGGCUCGUCUCUAGAAGGUCACAUGGUCAAGUGUUACUGGGGCAAAGAAACCCCCGACAUGAUGAACUCCAUGCAACAGGUGCCCAUGCCUCAGCAGAACAAGGUGGGCUACGCGGCGGCCCAGCCCUACGGCCAGUGGGGUCAAUGGUAUGGUAACAGCCCCCAGAUCAGCCAGUACGUCCCCAACGGGUGGCAGCAGGUCCCCGCCUACAACAUGUACAGCCAGGGAUGGAACCAACAGGGCUAUAACCAAAUACCGGCCAGUGCUGGGUGGACAAACGUGAGCGCCAUCAGUAACGGUGGGGUAAUGGAGACGCCUCUCAAUGGAACUAUGAUAGCCAACCAACCGGGUAUGGGAGCUGCUGGAUACCCCACCCACUGA